AUCUCAUGCAAAUAGGUGGGAUUGUCUCCAUUGUUGCUGCUACUCCACCCAUCCUCUCGAUCUGAUCUAAGGUUUGUAUGCAGCUCCGGGGUGAGAACUUGCUUAUCCCUCACCACCAAAUCCAAAACCGCUGUCCUGCUUUCGCCUUUAAUCCCUUUGCUUCUGCUGCCAUCAUUCCUCCCAAGUCCCAAGUCUAUCCAUGUCCCCUCCCCGUCCCCCUCAUUGCCCCGUGUUGACUCAGUCUUUGUCGGGAUUCGCAUUGUCCAUGCCGAAGGUGUUGCCGCAUUGUUCUCUAGUGUUUCCACCAUCGUUCUCCAUCAGACACUCUACCCCACCACUCGCAUGGGCCUCUAUGAUGUCGUCAAAAAAGAUGGACCAAAUCCAGAUACCGGAAGCAUGCCGCUGGUGAGCAAGAUGCCCGCUAGAUUAAUCACCGGAGGAAUCGGUGCGGCCGUCAGUAACACAGACGAUGUGGCAAUGGUGAGGAUGCAAGCUGGAGGGCGGUUUCCUUUAGCUCAGCGGUGCAUCUAUAAUGGCGUGAUAGAUGCAUUAACGCGAAUGUCGAAGCGGGAAGGAAUCGCCAGCUUAUGGCGCGGCUCAUCCCUGAAGAUGAAUCGUGUGAUGAUCAUGACGGCAUCUCAACUGGCGUUGUAUGACGAGAUCGAAGAGGAGAUUUUGGAGAAGGGCGUGCUAAGGGACGAGCUAAGGAUGCAAGUGACGGCGGGCUUCACGGCAGGAUUUGUGGCGGCGGUAGUGUCAAAUCCGAUAGAUGUGACAAAGACAAGGGUGAUGAACAUAAAAGUGGAGGCAAGAAAGGCCACGCCGUACAAUGGUGUGAUUGAUUGCUCAAUAAGACAGUGAGAGCUGAAGGAGUUAUGGUGGGUUUACUAUUUAUGCCUACGAUUUUCAAGGCAGGGUUGUGGUCCUUUUUGCGACGCUUUAACAAGUUAGGAAUUUGCUCAA